AUGGGCGCUUCAGCAUCUAAAGGCGCAAAAGCCGCUGCCGGCUCCGCAGCUCGUAAAUACCCCUCAAGACCGCCGACAAACACUACAACUACAGCAUCAUCGGCUCCCGCACAGAAUGCUGCGACUGGACCCCGUGUACAUCCUCCGCCACAGGCUACGAGCGAGAAAACAGAAGCUGUACUACAAGAUGCCCGCGACCCAGCCUUUGCCUCCCGCCUGAACAGUCUCGGCGCUGUACAACCGAAUCCGCACUUUUCGUUGUCGUCAACCUCGCAAUUCGAUCCCCGCCGCAACGCCUCGCCUAAUCUUCCGUCGGACACAAUGAUGCAAGAUGCGCCACAGUCGGCGUUUCCUGAUGCAAGGAAUAAUCCUGUGCUACGUGUACUUGAAUCACGACAGCAGAUUGCUGAAGAGGCGGAGGAGGAGCUGAGAGAGGUGGGGAGGAGGGGAUUCCAGGGGAAGCGGUAUGUGGAUGCUGGGGUGAUUACGUUGGCUUUGAUGAGGAGGGAGAAGGGGGAGCCGGAUGAGAGGAUUGAACAGAGUUUGGGGAUUAAGAAGGGGAGGUUAGGGGUGUUGGCCAAGGGGACCGUGGGUGCCGUGGCGUUGGGGUAG